CAAAAACAAGCACAGAACCCCCCCAGCUUCACACUAGACGUAGAAAGGGUUUUAGAGCCUUCUUUUUCAUUUCCCUCUUUUGCCUCAUCCAAAAUCCCUAAAACCCCACUCUCUCACUUUUCCAAUGGCUCCAACUAUUUCAACCCUAUGAAACCCUUUCCCCUCCAAAACCCCAAUCUUCUCUACAAACCUUCUUCCAUGGCAUUCUCCUCCGCACUUCGAGUCCUCAGACUCUCCCCGCUCGCUCCCUCGCGCCUCCCUUGGCUCCACCAUAAUCCCUCGCAGCUUCGCUUUCUCUCUUUGCGGCGCCCCGCCAGAGCGGUUCAGGGUGCCAGGCGCCGUGACGAGCCUGCACGAGCUGGAAAUGGAAAUGGGAGCAUCACCGUAAUGGAUAGCGGUAAUGGUAACGGGAGUGAGGGAAGGGUUGUGACAACGGAGCUUCACAAAGAGGCAACGGAAGCCUACAUGGCUUAUGCUAUGUCGGUGUUGCUUGGUCGCGCAUUGCCCGAUGUUCGGGACGGUUUGAAGCCCGUGCAUAGAAGGAUUCUAUUUGCAAUGCAUGAGCUUGGCCUCUCAUCCAAAAAACCGUUCAAGAAGUGUGCAAGAGUUGUAGGAGAGGUAUUGGGAAAAUUCCACCCUCACGGAGACACUGCUGUAUAUGAUUCAUUGGUUCGAAUGUCCCAGGAUUUUUCCUUACGUUGUCCUUUGAUCCAAGGUCAUGGAAAUUUUGGUUCAAUUGAUGCUGACCCUCCUGCUGCCAUGCGUUACACUGAGUGCAGACUAGAAGAACUGACUGAAGCAAUGUUGUUGGCAGAUCUAGAGCAAGAUACAGUUGAUUUUGUUCCAAAUUUUGAUAAUUCGCAAAAAGAACCGUCACUUCUACCUGCUCGUCUUCCCACCUUAUUGUUGAAUGGUUCUUCUGGCAUUGCGGUUGGCAUGGCGACUAAUAUCCCUCCUCAUAAUAUCGAGGAAGUAGUAGAUGUGCUCUGUGUGUUGAUACAUAAUCCAGAAGCUACUCUGCAAGAAUUGCUUGAAUACAUGCCUGGACCUGACUUCCCAACUGGAGGGCUGAUUAUGGGAAAUCUUGGGAUCUUGGAGGCAUACCGUACUGGUCGAGGACGUGUUAUUAUCAGAGGGAAAACUGAUAUUGAAUUGCUCGAUUCCAAGACAAAACGGACUGCAAUAAUCAUCAAAGAGAUUCCUUACCAGACCAACAAAGCAGCUUUAGUUGAGAAGAUUGCUGAACUUGUAGAAAACAAGAGUUUGGAUGGUAUAAGUGAUAUUCGGGAUGAGAGUGAUCGUUCUGGAAUGCGUAUAGUCAUUGAGCUGAAGCGGGGAUCAGACCCAUUAAUUGUCCUGAAUAAUCUUUAUCGCUUAACAUCUCUGCAAUCUACAUUUAGCUGUAACAUGGUGGGCAUUCUUAAUGGACAGCCUAAACAAAUGGGGCUGAAGGAAUUGCUGCAGGCGUUCUUAGACUUCAGAUGCUCUGUUGUUGAGAGACGAGCUAGGUUUAAGUUGUCACAGGCACAAGAGAGAAGACAUAUUGUUGAGGGAAUUCUGAUUGGGUUUGAUAAUCUGGAUGGGGUGAUUCAAAUAAUACGUGAAGCUUCAAGUAACUCAGCUGCAGCGGCUGGUUUACGUAAUGCAUUCAGUCUCUCUGAUAAACAAGCUGAAGCUCUUUUGGACAUUAGCCUAAGACGAUUGACCCUUCGUGAGAGUGGGAACUUUGUGGCUGAAAGUAAAUCUUUGAUGGAACAAAUUUCCAAGUUAGAGGAACUGUUGUCCAGCAGGAAAAAUAUACUGGAGCUUAUAGAACAAGAAGCCAUUGAACUGAAAAAUAAGUUUGCCUGUCCAAGACGUUCAAUGUUGGAAGACACAGAUAAUGGUCAACUUGAAGACAUUGAUGUUAUUCCAAAUGAUGAUAUGCUAUUGGCAUUUAGUGAAAAAGGUUACGUGAAGCGGAUGAAGCCAAGCACUUUCAACCUACAAACUCGUGGAACAAUUGGAAAAUCUGUAGGAAAACUAAGAGUGAAUGAUUCCAUGUCUGAUUUUCUCGUUUGUCGUGCACACGAUCAUGUUCUUUAUUUCAGUGAUAAGGGAACAGUAUACUCGGCUCGAGCUUACAAAAUUCCUGAAUGUAGCCGGACUGCUGCUGGUACACCACUUGUUCAGAUUUUAUCUUUAUCUGAUGGUGAAAGAAUAACUUCUAUUAUUCCUGUGAGUGAGUUUGCCGAGGAUCAGUUUUUGGUGAUGCUUACAAUGCGAGGCUACAUCAAGAGAGUAUCCUUGAAUUUGUUUUCAUCAAUCAGGACAACUGGAAUCAUUGCUAUUCAAUUGGUUCCUGGUGACGAGCUGAAAUGGGUCCGUCGUUGCACAAAUGAUGACAUUGUGGCCAUGGCUUCACAUAAUGGAAUGGUCAUACUGAGCCUGUGCAGUAAGAUUCGCACACUAGGAAGAAAUACACGAGGAGCAGUGGCAAUGAGACUCAGGGAAGGGGAUAGGAUGGCAAGUGUGGACAUUAUACCAGCAGCCAUGUGGAACAACUUGGAAACCUCAUCAAAAUUUCCUGGGAGCAAUGCUAAGGGCCAAAAUGGCCCAUGGUUGUUGUUUGUGUCUGAGAAUGGUUAUGGAAAGCGGGUUCCUUUAAGCAGUUUCCGAAUAUCAUCUUUGAAUCGAGUUGGUUUGAUAGGAUACAAGUUUUCUGCUGAAGAUUGCUUGACUGCUGUAUUUGUGGUAGGAUUCUCAUUAGCAGAGGAUGGUGAAAGUGAUGAACAAGUGGUUCUUGUAAGCCAAAGCGGUACAGUCAACAGAAUUAAGGUUCGGGAUAUUUCAAUACAAUCUCGAUUUGCAAGGGGAGUUAUUUUGAUGCGACUUGAUUAUGCUGGAAAGAUUCAGUCUGCUUCCUUGAUCUCAGCAACGGAUUGUGAGCCUGAAGAAGUUGUUGCUAUUGCUCAAGGCUAGUUAUAGAAGAACUUCAUUGUCGAGAAGAGGUUACUUCACCAAAUGCCUGACCACUGGAGUUGUAGUGCCCUUGAUGAAAAGCUGAUGCUUGAUCCUUGAAUCGGUGCUUGGUUGUGUUUUCUCUUGAGAUAGUCCUAGUUUUCCUCAUGCUCCAAAUAUGCGAAGCUGGGGGGGGGGGGGUAGUUUAUUCUUCAGGCUUUGUAAAUUAUAAUGUGACUUAAAGAGUGAGAAACAUACACCAGAGGCGAUAGUUAUUGGUGCAAAAUUUUAAUUAACUCUUCAUUUUUGUAACAGCAUUAUUAGAAAAGGUGACCAUCAUCUCUUGGAAUUGAGAAUCUUCACGCCAGAAAAAAUUUGCCAUUUUAUGUGAACUUUUUCUC